AUGCUCAAGCCGUUUCUGAUCAAAGAUCUUCACGGAGAUCCUCCCUCACAGCUCAUUCCAGAGGGACUCUCGGACUCUUACGUCUAUGAUGCUCUUCAUUCUAUGGGACCGAACCCCCAUCGGCGAAAUGGCCUCGUACAGUUAUCUGCUGCUGAUUACGACAGCAUGGCGCGGGUGCACCCCCGGGCGCGCCUGAGUUAUCUAGAUGAGGAUGAUGGUGAUAUCAUAACUGUCGGGUCGUCUCUCGAGCUUUCUCAACGUCUACAAGAGCCUCCGACGGUUUCCGCCGACCCCAACUUUCCUACCCCUGUACACUUGUUUGAUAUCUCCAGAUCAAAAUCUGUCAUCUCUCUGUGGCAGCAGUAUGAGUGCCAGCAGACAGAGAAUCGCAUUUCCGUUGAGAAUGCACCAGCCGCGGAUGUAGAAACGACGGGGUCUACCACCAAGCGAAGCUCCUACGUCGACGUCAAAGAGGAGCCAACUCUUGAGAAUGAGCAGGACCAGACCGCAAAUAAUGAGUCAUCCGAGUCUUUUCUAUCAGCAUUUGAAGAAGAGAUGGCCAAGAUGAUCGAACAUUCGCAACAUUCACCGGAGAACACCACCGCAGAGAGCACAGCGUCCUCCACGACAGCACGAGCAGAGGCCACUGCUGAUCAGUAUCAACAAGCCAACGAGGCUUUCACUUCUGCCAUGCGGAAUUUGAUCAAAGCAGCGGAGCUGAUCGGCUCCGGGGUAAAAUCUAGAAUCCCAGAGCUUGACAGGCACUUGCAGAAUGCCCAGGCAGCUCUUCCUGCCAAUAUUACAUCUUCCGUGGGGAGUGCUUUCGCGCUUGUUGAAGGCCACGUUAAAGCUAUCUCGGACUCUCUUGUUUCCCUGCCAAGCUGGAGACGAGAGGAGGACCACCCGGAUCCCUCUAUGGCCGUUCGUGGGCUGCAAACGAUGGGUGCGCAACUUGGCGACAUGGGACACGCAUUGCUUACAGCGUUUGAAGAUGGACUCCAGAAUGGUCUGCUUGGAGGCCAGAGUAAGGCAUUCCCUUCAAAUUUGUCUUAUACAGGAUAUUUUCCAACAGAUGUGUCUAACAAUCCACAAGGGGCUUCCUCGACUGCAACCGGAGACUAUGAAACCCAACCCGUGAGCCCUGUUCCCACAGAAUCUCGCAGUGAAACGUACACCCACCCCCAGGCUCCGCCCCAAGGACGCUCAUCGUUCCAAAAUGAAGUUGGCGGUUCGUGGCCCAUUCCACCCCCAGCUCCGCACCCAAUGCACCCCCCUCCCCCGAACUUCUGGAACCAUCCCGGCCAUAAUUUACAUGGCCCGCCGAGACAUUCUUGGCCUCAUAUCCCUCGUUUUGGAAGCACUACUGAUUCUGUCGCUGUUCCCGUUUCAUCUACGGCCAGUUCGCCCACCGCGCCGUUGAGCACCGAUCAAGCUUCUGGCCCAUUGCCAAACUCAUUAUUCAUCGGGAAUGUUGGAUUUGGGGUGACUGAUGAAGUGAUUCGGGAUGUUUUCGCCUUGAAAGGCUACACGGCGCAGGUCCACCUACCUCUAGACUCCAGGUCUGGCCAGCAUGCUGGGUUUGGUUACGUCAGCUUCCCAUCAACUCAAAUGGCGACAGCAGCAUUGAAUGAAUUGCAGGGAAUGCUUAUAGAUGGACAUUCGAUCAAUCUUGAAUACGUUGAUCAUACCCCCGUCGCAACAUUAGUAAACGACAACCGUGUCGAAAGAUCUGAUGCUCCAACUUCGUCGAGUGACACAGAAAGGUUCAAUAUGCUUUACCCUUCACUGGUACCGCAGGAGGCACGGCAGCCGAAGAGGAGCAGCGCUGUAUCUGACCUCCUUCCGGAUCUGGCCCAAACAGAGAGACGGUUCCCACCUGUCUCUCAACAGGAUGCCCAGAUGCUUGCUGGACCGUCUACUACAGGGCCAGCUACUAUAAUCCCAACCCUCCCAGUCGCGGCAGCCACGGGAGAAAGACCAGAUGGCACUGUUUCGGGGAACAAUGUUUCAUCUCAAAACCUCCCUGGGUCCUUUCCUCAAGAUAAUCAUGAUGAACCCUUGGAGCGCCUUUCAAACCCGUCAAGAGGAGCCCAGAUUGAAGCUGGCGCACACCGGCCCUCUCCCCCUCCUUACAUUCCCCACCCUCACCCUCACCGUCAUCCUCACCCUCACCCUCACCCUCAUCCUCAUCCUCAUCCUCAUCACCGUUUUAAUGGUCGUCGUGCGGCAACUGUGAGAUCAGGGCAUCCAUCCCGAAGAAAUGUCGAUCCUUCUAUGCCUGAAAUACCGCCUCUAAGAAGACGGGCUACUGAACGACAAUCUCUCCGAAAUGGUUCACAAAUGGGCUCAUUCGGUCCCCGCCACCGAUCCUCGUUCCAUCAGCUGUCUGAUCUAGCCCCGCAAUAUCCAAGUGCGGGCCCGCAUGAGGAAGAAGCAGAGCGCUCCAGACAGAUUCCUGCGGAAUCGUCGACGUCGGCAAGCCAACAAGCGAUUGAUGAAUGCAUCUCAUCAUUAACUCAGCUCGGAUACGGAAGCGAACAAGACGGCGGGAUCCAUCGGAUGGCUGUGUACGCUGCAGCUGCGAACGGGGAACUUGUAGAUGCGAUUGAAAUGAUUGAGGAAGAACGCAAGGUGUACCAACAACGAUCUGGGUAA